AUGAUGAGGAACAACGAACAACUUGAGAGUCAUUCUAGUACCAUCACAAAUGUGCCAACUACUCCUACAAUAGUAGUUUCUCCUAAAGUAGCACCUUUGCUCACUCCUGGAGGAACAAAAGAAUGGCUUUCAAUAUGCCCCAAUGAGUUGAAACCAGAUAUAGGGAUGAAGUUUAAUAAUCUUGAAGGGGGCCUUGAAUUUCAUAAAAAUUGUAGAGCUUUUGUUACCAUGAGUUUAGAGUCUUUUUGGAAACGUGCCGGGAAGUCACAAAAGUCCUCUACUUGUUCUUCACCUAGUUCAAGGAAUCCUCCAAUAGAAGAAGAUGUUGUAACUCCUAUUGAUGAUGUGGAUAUUGAGUCUCCUAAUGAUGAUGCGGAUGUCGUGUCUCCUAAUAAUGAUGCGGUUGCAGUGGCUGCUUCAAUUCCAAUCCCUGAAAACACAACUCAAAGUAAUCCAAAUGCUAGUGUUGAGUCUGAUGAUACUCGCAUUUAUGAUGUUCAUCUUCUUCCACAUGAUCCUGGAAAAAGAAUUCCAAUUUUGGAAUAUCCUGCUACUGACAGGGAUGCUGUGAGAAGAGGUUAUAUUACAAUGAAACGUUGUGAUCCACGCACUCAUAAUUUCCCUCGAAGAAAAAUAGGAGGUAUGCGUCGAUUUAAUGUUGCUUGGUUUGAUAAAUAUGAUUGGCUUGAAUAUAGUGUGGAGAAAGCUGCGGCUUUUUGUUUUGUGUGCUACUUGUUCAAAGAUAAAGUUGAUUCUAUGGCUGCUAAUGAUUGCUUUAUUAAAGGGGGGUUUGGAGGAUGGAAUAAGAUUGGUAGAUUUAAUAUUCAUGUGGGAGGUCUUGGUAGUUUGCAUAAUCAAGCUUAUGAAAAAUACAAUUUUUUCAUUAACCCAAAAACAUCAGUUGCCGAAUCUUUUUCCACUUACACCACAGAAGCUAAACUUCAAUACAAAUCUCGAUUGACUUAUUCAUUAAAAUGUAUUAAGUUUCUUCUAAGUCAAGGCUUAGCUUGUCGUGGGCAUGAUGAAAGUGAAGACUCUUGGAAUAGGGGUAAUUUUCUUGCACUCUUAACAUGGCUUUCAGAGAAUAAUAGUGAUGUUGCAAAGGUUGUUCUAAAUGAAUCUAGUGAUGUAUCUCAAAAGGAACAAUUGGCCCUUUGUUUGCGUUAUGUGAAUAAUAAAGGGAAGAUAACUGAGAGGUUUCUUGGAAUUGUACAUGUUAAGGAUACCACUGCUUUGUCACUAAAAAGUGCAAUUGAGUCUUUGCUUAUGGAGUAUUCAUUGAGUUUGUCUAGAGUUCGUGGACAAGGUUACGAUGGUGCUAGUAAUAUGAGGGGUGAGAUAAACGGUUUGAAGACUUUGAUCAUGAAUGAAACAAAACAAGCUUAUUAUAUUCAUUGUUUUGCUCACCAACUUCAAUUAACCCUUGUUGCUGUUGCUAAGGAUAAUGAUGAUUGUAUUUGGUUGUUUGACCAACUUGCUAUUUUAUUGAAUAUUAUUGGUGUUUCUUGUAAGAGAAGGGAAAUGAUAAGAGAAAUACAAUCUCAACAUGUUCUAGAAGCAUUAGAUCUAGGGGAAAUUGAAAGUGGGCAAGGUUUAAACCAAGAACUUGGUUUAGGUAGGCCUGGUGAUACUAGGUGGGGGUCACACUACAAAACUGUUUCAAAUGUUACCUCAUUAUAUGCUACUAUUGUCAAAGUUCUCGAGAAGGUUGGAUCAAAUAAGCUUUAUAAGGAUGAUCGUGUAAAGGCUAUCACUGUUAUGUCUACAUUUGAAUCCUUUGAGUUUGUUUUCAUGAUACAUUUGAUGUCUGAAAUAUUUGGGCAAACUGAUAAAUUGUGUCAAGCUUUGCAAAGAGGAGACCAAGAUAUUGUUAAUGCCAUGUCAUUUGUUACGUUGACUAAGGAACAAUUGCAACAAAUGAGGGACCAUGGGUGGGAAGAAUUUUUGCAUCUUGUGCUUUCUUUUUGUGCUAAACAUAAUGUGGAAGCUCCUAAUAUGGAUGAUAUGUAUGUUCCUCGUGGAAGAUCAAAACGCUUCUUUGCCAAAGUGACAAAUCUUCAUCGUUUUCGGGUAGAAAUGUAUUUAAGUGUCAUUGAUUUACAACUCCAAGAGCUCAAUAAUAGAUUUGAUGAGAAAAAUAUGGAAUUGCUUAUUUGUAUGUCAUGCUUAAAUCCGGUAAAUUCAUUUGCGGCAUUUGAUAAGCAAAAGUUGAUGAGACUUGCCGAGUUAUAUCCCGAAGAGUUUCCAACUAAUGACAUGACAAUGACUGCUCUUCGUCAUGAACUUGGUUUCUAUAUUAAUGACAUGCGUACAGAUGCAAGGUUUGGAGACUUGAAGGGUAUUAAUGAGCUUUCUAUGAUGCUUGUUGAAACAAAUAAGCAUACUUCUUACAAAUUAGUUUACUUGUUGAUAAGACUAGCAUUGAUCCUUCCGGUGGCGACUGCAAGCGUGGAACGAGUGUUUUCAUCAAUGACUUAUGUAAAAAAUAAGUUGCGGAAUAGUAUGGGUGAUCAACUAUUGAAUGAUAGUUUAGUUACUUAUCUUGAGAGAGCCUUAUUUGCAAGAGUUAGUGAUGAUGAUGUAUUAGCACGCUUUCAAAGUAUGAAAACUCGAAGAAUGCUUUUGUAG